CUCUCUGUAAAACGAGAGAUAGCGCGUUGGUACUCGGUCUGUUGCUACUCCAAUCGACAAACCUUAGUAUCACAGCUGUAUAACGUGCGCACGUUGAUGCCUUUAUAAGAAAUAAAUAAUAAUACUAUAGUUAGUCAAGAUAUAUUAUUAGAGAUGAAGAGGUUGUGAAGAAAUGUGAAGUUUUUAAUUAACUCGUUUAAAUGGUUAAUUAAUAAUGCUUUUCUCUUUAUUAUUUAAUAUAAUAAACGAUUACAUAUAAAUAAUUUCAAGAAUAGUGUAUACAUAUAUAUGUAAAUAACACAUAAUAUGUAUGCUGUGGCAAUAGUAAUGUAUAGUGCAUAGUAAAAGCAAGCAAGCUACUUUUGAAUUACUGGUUACCUUUUAUGGUAAUUGAAUGAAAAAAAAAACAGAAAAGAUAUAAAUAAAAGUAUUUGGCUAGUGUAUUUUUCAACGUAAAGUGAUAAAAAGUAAGAAUAUUUCAUACUCAUAAAAAUUAAUAUAGUUAAUAAUUAUAAGUGACAAGGAUAAAUUUAAAACGUGCAAUAAUUACAAUUAUAUAUUACUAAUUGUAAUAAAUAUUUAUAUUAUAAUAAUACAUCUCAUCGAAAUUGAUUUAUUAAGCCAUGGUGCGAUAUAGUUUUUUAAUAUCAUUAAUGAUAUGGGUACCUGGUGUACUAUCAUCUCUUCCACCGCCAGAAAGACUGACUGGCAUGAAUCCUUGUAUUAGCAAACAAACUUGUCAUGAAUGCAUACAAACGCCUCAUUGUGCCUGGUGUGCUGCUCCAAAAUUCAAUGAAAAACGUUGCUUCCUUCCAAACAUUAACACUAAAAUAUUUGCAACAUGUCCUGAAGAAUUUACGUGGAAUCCAGACAAUGUAUUUAGUAUGGUACGCCAUCGAAAUUUAACAAAAGGUGGAUACGUAGGUGUUGGAGAAUAUUCCGGAUCAAGUUUUUCUUCAAGCUCUAGUAGUUCAUCUUGGAGUAGUAAAAGUUCUAGUAGUAGUAGUAGUUCAGCAUCAGGAAAUAGACAAGAUGCCGUACAAAUAUGGCCUCAAGAAGUUAAUUUGAAACUACGAAUAAAUGAAGCUCACAGAAUGUCAUUCGCCUAUUCACAAGCUGAAGAUUAUCCAGUUGAUUUAUACUAUCUUAUGGAUCUCAGUAAAUCGAUGGAAGAUGAUAAACAAAAACUAUCGGAUUUAGGGCAACUACUUGUGGAAAGUAUGAGUAAAAUAACAAGCAAUUUCCGGUUAGGAUUUGGUAGCUUUGUUGAUAAAGUGGUGAUGCCUUAUGUAAGCACAAUACCAAAAGCUUUAAAAGAGCCUUGUGAUGGAUGUGCUGCACCCUACGGAUAUAAAAAUGUCAUGAGACUGUCUACAGAUACUAGUGAAUUUGCCAGUUUAGUAAGUAAUGCAUCAGUAUCCGGUAAUCUAGAUGCCCCUGAGGGUGGUUUUGAUGCUAUCAUGCAAGCUAUUGUAUGUAGAAAUGAAAUUGGUUGGCGUGAAAAAGCUCGUAGACUAUUAGUAUUUUCAACAGAUGCUGGAUUUCACUUCGCUGGAGAUGGAAAAUUAGGAGGAAUUAUUCGACCUAAUGAUGGCCUAUGUCAUCUUGAUCAUACUGGACUUUAUACUCAUUCAUCACUACAAGAUUAUCCAAGUAUCUCACAAAUUAAUUUAAAAGUUAAACAAAAUGCUAUUAAUAUCAUUUGGGCUGUUACCGAAGAACAAAUAAGUGUUUAUAAGAGGCUAACAAAACAUGUAGAAGGCUCAUUUGCUGGUAAAUUAUCUAAUGAUUCAAGUAAUAUUGUCGAAUUGAUCAGAGAACAAUAUGAUAAAAUUUCAAGUUCAGUUGAAAUGAAAGAUACAGCAAGUAGUGUUAUUAAAGUAAGAUAUCUUUCUAGUUGUUUAAAUGAUGGUCCACUCAUUGAAACAUCAAAAUGUGAUGGUCUAAAAGUUGGCACUAAAGUUGAAUUUAUUGCUGAAAUCGAAGUAACUAGUUGUCCUGCCAAUCGAUCAGAGUGGAAACAAAAAUUUGACAUUUACCCUGUAGGUAUUAAUGAAACACUAACUGUCAAUUUAGAAAUGCUUUGUGAUUGUCAGUGUGAACAUAGUGGACCAAUGUAUGAAGCAAAAUCUCCAGAAUGUAAUGGCGUAGGUACAUUAAAGUGUGGAGUAUGUGAAUGCUAUGAUGGAUUCUUCGGAAAACGAUGUGAAUGCAGCUCACAUCAAGAAAUAACCGGUUUCGAUAGAAACUUUCAAUCAUGUCGUCCAGAUAAUACUUCUUUAGUUGAUUGUUCUGGACGUGGUACGUGUGCAUGUGGUCAAUGUGAAUGUGAAGAACGAGAAAAUCAUGAAGAGAUUAUUUCUGGACACUUUUGUGAGUGUGAUAACUUUUCAUGCGAUCGAGAUGAUGGAUACCUUUGUUCAAAUCAUGGCACAUGCCAAUGUGGACAAUGUAUUUGUAAUGCAGGUUGGACUGGGCCCAGUUGUAGAUGUCGAUCUUCUAAUGAUACUUGUAUCGCUCCAGGUACUACCAACGGUGUUUUAUGUUCUGGACACGGAGACUGUGUUUGUGGUGAAUGUAUUUGUCAUGAAGUUGGUAAUAUACGAUACUCCGGAAAACAUUGUAACAAAUGUCCUACUUGUCCUAGUCGUUGUGAAGAACUGAAGCCUUGUGUUCAGUGUUUGACUUAUAAAACAGGAAACUUAACAGAAAGUGAAUGCAAUAAGCUCUGUACCGAGUUUGUUCCAGAGACAGUAGAAUCUAUUGUUGUUGAUGUAGAUAAUGACGAAGUUGCAUGCUAUGGAAUCGAUGAAUAUGAUUGUAAAUACAAUUUCGUAUAUUAUUACGAUAAUCAAAAUUGUCUUAAAGUAAAGGUUCAAGCUGAACGAGAAUGUCCAUCGCCUGUCUACGUACUUGGAAUAGUUUUAGGUGUCAUUGCUGCAAUUGUUCUCAUAGGACUUGCAUUUUUACUUUUAUGGAAAUUAUUAACAACUAUACAUGACCGCCGAGAAUUCGCUAAAUUCGAAAGGGAACGAAUGAUGGCCAAAUGGGAUACGGGAGAAAAUCCUAUUUACAAACAAGCAACGUCUACAUUCAAGAACCCAACUUAUGCAGGAAAAUAAAAAAUAAGAAGAUAAGAUGAACGGACGUUAGAACAAUUAUUGUUAAAAAUCAA